AUGGCUGGCGGCGUUAAGAAGCCCGUCAACAUCUUCAAGUUGAAAGACUUGGACGAGCCCAAGGGCGUCUUCAACUGGCGACUGUGGUUUGCCGUCAUUUCAUUCGCCCUGCUCGGCGCAGCCCGAGGUGUCGAUGAGGGUUUGAUCUCGGGUGCAUUCAACUCCAAAGAUUUCCAGAACACUAUACACUACAGCCAGUACACCGACUCAGAGAAGACCAACAUCAAGGCCAACGUCUCCGCAAUGGUGCAGAUUGGUUCCGUCGGCGGCGCACUAUUUGCUUUCCUGAUCUGUGACAAGAUCGGCCGUAUUUGGGCAACCCGUGAGCUGUGCCUGGUCUGGAUUGUCGGCAUUGCAAUAUUCAUGGCAAACAACGGUAGCCUCGGCGCCGUCUAUGCUGGACGCUUCAUUGCUGGACUUGGAGUUGGCCAGACUCCUGUCGUCGGCCCGAUUUACAUUGCGGAAAUCGCUCCGGCAUCCGUUAGAGGUCUUUGUACUUGUAUCUUCACAGGAUUCGUCUACCUCGGUAUUGUGCUUGCGUAUUUCGCCAACUACGGCGCCCAGCUUAACCUGGGUGACUCAACUCACGUUCGAUGGCUUGCCCCUACCAGCAUCCACAUUAUCUUUGCGGGACUUAUUUUCAUCUUGACGUGGUUCCAGUAUGAGUCCCCAAGAUACCUGAUCAAGACUGGCAAGCCAGAGCAAGCCCUUGAGGUCAUGGCCCGCCUCCGUCACCUGUCACCAGAUGACCCCUAUGUGGUCAGAGAGAUCACCAACAUCCAGAUCUCACACGAAGAAGAGCUCGAGGCAACCAAGGGCACUGGAUUCUUUGGUAUCGUCAAGGAGAUGGUCCUCAUCCCAAGCAACUUGUACAGACUAUACCUAAGCUCUAUGGUCCAGUUUCUUUCGCAGUGGUCCGGAGCCGGCAGUAUCACAUUGUACGCCCCUGACCUGUUCAAGAUCCUCGGAAUCACUGGUCAGAAUGAGUCGCUUCUAGUAACGGCCGUAUUUGGCAUCGUCAAGCUCGUUGCUGCCAUUAUCUGUGCUCUGUUCCUAGUCGAUGUUAUCGGCAGGAAGCGGGCCCUGUUGAUCGGCAUCACCCUCCAGGCAAUCGCAAUGGUUUACGUGGCUGGGUUCCUUACUGCGGUUCCAGAAUUGGGCGUAGACGAGCACUAUGUGCUCCCUUCGAACGAGUAUGGACCCAGUCGCGGUGCCAUUGCCAUGAUCUAUGUGUCCGGUUUUGGCUGGGCCCUCGGCUGGAACUCCAUGCAAUACCUGCUCACAGCAGAGUUGUUCCCUCUGAGAAUCCGUGCUGUGGCCACAUCAUGGGUUAUGAUGUUGCACUUUGUCAACCAAUACGGUAACUCCCGUGCGGUGCCCAAUAUGUUGGUUCCUAGGCCGGUUGGAUUCAGCCCUAAUGGUACCUUCUGGUUCUUCGCAGUAGUAACCAUCAUUGGCGGAGUCUGGGUUUGGUUCUCCGUGCCCGAGACAUCUGGACGGUCGUUGGAGAGCAUGGACAGGUUGUUUGAGUUGCCUUGGUACAAGAUUGGUCUUCAUGGUAACGAUGAUGCCGAUGCACGUGACAUCGCGCACAAUGAGAAGGAAGACAUCGCAACUGGCGCUGAUCAGGUAGAGAACGUUAGCGCCAAACGCGAGGUCUGA